GAGGAGAGGAGGCAGAGUUUGGGUGAACAGCUUCGCUCAAGACAUUUCAGUUAGCAGCUGUGGGGGCUUGUGAGAGUCUCUUCUUCUUCUUGGGUGUUGGGAGUCGCUAGUUGUUGUCAGUUCUGCCUGGUGUCUCGUCGAAGCCUCUUCCUCUGUUCUGUUAGCUAGAUCCUCUCCUGUUGUCACUGCUGCCUGUCGCUGACACUCUGCAAACCAUAGGACCUAUUGGAUUAUGGACUGUUAACAGACCUACGUUACUACACACCAGGGUGAGCUGUUACUAUAGUAACCACCAGUCAUGGGGAAGCAGAACAGCAAACUCCGCCCUGAGGUGAUGCAGGAUCUGCUGGAGAGCACGGACUUCACAGAGCAUGAGAUCCAGGAGUGGUACAAGGGCUUCCUGAGAGACUGCCCCAGCGGGAACCUCUCCAUGGAGGAGUUUAAGAAGAUCUACGGUAACUUCUUCCCUUACGGAGACGCCUCCAAGUUCGCAGAGCACGUCUUCCGUACCUUCGACGCCAACGGGGACGGGACCAUAGACUUCCGGGAGUUCAUCAUCGCUCUGAGCGUCACGUCGCGGGGCAAACUGGAGCAGAAACUGAAGUGGGCCUUCAGCAUGUACGACCUGGACGGGAACGGAUACAUCAGCAAGUCUGAGAUGCUGGAGAUCGUACAGGCCAUCUAUAAGAUGGUGUCGUCUGUGAUGAAGAUGCCAGAAGACGAGUCCACUCCAGAGAAGAGAACAGAGAAGAUCUUCAGACAGAUGGACACCAACAGAGACGGUAAACUGUCUCUGGAAGAGUUCAUUAAAGGGGCUAAAAGUGACCCCUCCAUUGUGCGCCUGUUGCAGUGUGACCCCAGCAGCGCUGGGCAGUUCUAAACCGCCCGACCUUGAGGGUCAAGACAAUUGCUUAUUUGGGUGAAUCCAAAUAGCCCCUCCCCCCUUCCACCUUUGGAGCAAACUGAUGAAGAAGACAAGCCUUCAAAUGAUGACACUGAAGACAACGGGCCAAUGAGAGCCAGCCAUGUUCUCCAGACUCCUCCUCUAACCACUCCCAGCAGCAACCUGACAACAUCUCCAGGCUCUCAUGAUCCCAGUCAUGAUGUGAUCCAGUCCACUCGCCAUGUAUUCGAUAAGUCCUAGGGUUUACAUCCCAAAUCGCACCCUGUUCCCUGUAUAGCAGUACCUUAAGCCCGGUAGGCCCUGGUCUGCAGUAGUGCACUACGUAGGGAAUAGGAUGCUGUUUGAGACGUAUCCCAUCCUGUUUUAAGGUCGUAAAAUGGACUCUCUGUUUGGUUCUCAACGCUCCGUACUGGACACACCCACUGCCCUCAACUAGGUCCUCCUAGCUCUUGUGUUUAUCGUAAACACAGAGAGAGAGAGGGAGAGAGAGAGAGAGAUUUUUUUUUCGUUAUUUUACUGUUAGAAUGUGGAUGUAUGUGUGGGUGUGUUUUUCAAGCUUGAUACACUUGUGUUUUAGUUGUAUUGAUAUUUGUGCCGGUAUUUUUCAGACUCAAGUUAAAUAUGGGGUCUCCAUAUCGUACUAUGCAGAUACUGUUAAAGGCCUUUAGUGAUGGUUUGAAGUACCUCUAGUGAAUUAAAGGAAGAGGACUGUCCCCAGGGGAAGUGUCCCAAAGGGCUCCCUAUAUAGUGCACUACUUUAGACCAGAACCCACCCUAUCCCCUAUAUAGUGCACUACUUUAGACCAGAACCCACCCUAUCCCCUAUAUAGGUCACUACUCUAGACCAGAACCCACCCUAUCCCCUAUAUAGGGAACAGGGCCCUGGUCUGCAGUAGUGCACUAUAUAGGGAAUAGGGUGCCCUUUUGGGACACUUCCUGUCACAGAUAAUGUGGUUAUUGAUGUCAACUACGUGGUUAUUUUUGACAUGUUUCUCUUAAAUACUUUUGUUUUGUAAAAAAUAGUUUUAAGAAAGACUUUAAAAUGGAAAUUUGCAUUUAAAUGUUAGAAUGAUCCUUUAAGCAGAGCCUUCAAGACAUUUGUUCACAGCCUUCGGUUAGGGGCUGUUAAUAAGUUAAACGAGAUCCCUCCUCUCCUGAAAGCAGAAAACAGAAAGGUUGACAGAACAAAUGUUAUGAGUUGCAAUUCUGUUGUAUUUCUCAUCUACUGUUGUGAAGAGAAACACAUUUCAAUCUGGGGGGAGGGGUUUAUUUUAAAAGGAAGGGCUUGUGGCCUCCCGCCCAGUGAUGUUGUGAAGAGAAACACGUUUCAAUCUGGGGGGAGGGGUUUAUUUUAAAAGGAAGGGGUUUUGUUUUGGAACAGGUUCCUGUUCGUACGGUGCAUGUGUGUGUUCAUGUUAAACACGUUUCAAUCUGGGGGGAGGGGUUUAUUUUAAAAGGAGGGGCUUUGUUUUGGAGCAGGUUCCUGUUCGUACGGUGCAUGUGUGUGUUCAUGUGCUGAUGGUUUUCAGUGGUGAUGGAAGAGCUUGUGGCCUCCUGCCCAGUGAUCCUCCCGCUCAGUGAUCCUCCCGCCCAGUGAUCCUCCCGCCCAGUGAUCCUCCCGCCCAGUGAUCCUCCCGCCCAGUGAUCCUCCCGCCCAGUGAUCCUCCCGCUCAGUGAUCCUCCCGCCCAGUGAUCCUCCCGCCCAGUGAUCCUCCCGCCCAGUGAUCCUCCCGCCCAGUGAUCCUCCCGCCCAGUGAUCUUCCCGCCUAGUGAUCCUCCCACCCAGUGAUGUUGUGAAAAGUCACUGUGUUUUUACGGAGAACCAACUUUUUCCUCUGGUUUGUCGACAGCAGCAAAGCUUUGUAGAGAGAGCAGCUCCUAUGACCAGCUCAAGCCUUGCCACUGACCAAUGGCAGGGCGGCAGGGUAGCCUAGUGGUUAGAGCGUUGGACUAGUAACCGGAAGGUUGCAAGUUCAAACCCCCGAGUUGACCAUGUACAAAUCUGUCAUUCUGCCCCUGAACAGGCAGUUAACCAACUUCAUCCCAACACAACCCCCUGUUAUAUUCAACCACAACACAACCCUGUUAUAUUCAACCACAACACAACCAACCCCAUAACAAGGAUCUGAGCCAUGAAUCUGGCCCUCUGGCCCUGAGACAAAUAUACAAUGUAUUCACACACACACACACACAAUACCCCAUAGUGACAGCGCAACCCCAUAGUGACAGCGCAACCCCGACAGCGCAACCCCGUAGCGACAGCGCAACCCCAUAGCGACAGCGCAACCCCAUAGCGACAGCGCAACCCCAUAGCGACAGCGCAACCCCAUAGUGACAAAGCAAAAACAGGUUUUUAGACAUUUUUUAAAACUGUAUUCAGACCCUUUACUCAGUACUUUGUUGAAGAACCUUUGGCAGCGAUUACAGCCUUGAGACUUCUUGGGUAUGAUGCUACAAG